AUCAUUAUGGAGGUAAAUGCUACGUAUGUAUACUAUAUAGCUAUUAUAGAUGUCAAUAACAAAACAAAAAAAAAUAAAAAAUUGACUGGUGUGUAAAUGACAGUAAAAUUCUACAAUACCAAAAUUAGAUAAUACAUGGCAGGAUAAUUAUAUUAUCCCCAAAAUAAGAUAGACGAAAUAAAAAAUAUAUCCUAAUACCCAUAACGCCCAUAGCUUACAGCUGCAUUAAGAAAAAAAAAAAAUGGUUGAAGACGGUGAUGUGUAAAUGAUGUAGAUGCUGCGAAAUUUGUUUACUUGUUUUAUUUAUAUACAUAUUAUACAUAUUUUAUUGUAAACUAUCACAUACUCAAAGUAUGUACAUGAUUCGUAUAUUUAAAUAAUAUAUAUAUAGUUCUGUGGAUAUAAGUAUUAAUGAAAUGUUUUAGUAAAAAUACAAAAAAAAAAUAAUAAAUAAAUAAAUAAUAAUUUAGAAAGUGUAAAACGCAGAGCAUAAAUAUAGAUCAAAGAGAAAAGAAAAGAAAAGAUAAGAAAAAAAAAGAGCGUAUGUAUAAGAAAAAAAAAUAUUUAAUUGUGAUUAAUAUAAAUAAAUAUUAAAAGAAAUAUAGUGCAAAUGUUAAAAUGACAUCAGUAGAUUCAGGUGUUGAGACUGGAAAUGAUUCCAAUGAUAGUGCACAAACCGAAAAUAAUCAAUCAAAUAAUCAGACCUUUAAUGAUGUUGCUAAAAUAAUGUCUAGUACAGUAAAUUUAGACAAACAGUUUGUUUUGACAUCAAAUCAUAAACAACAAUUAGAGUCAACAGCAGUACAAGCUGACUUAGAAUCUUUAGCAUCAGCGACGACAACCAUUGAUUGUCAUUCUGAUAAUUUACAUUCCUUAUUAUCACGAAAUACAUCAGGAGUUGUUGCUUUAUCGGAACCCUUAGUAAACCUAAUAUCAAAUGAUUCACCAUCAUCUGAAAAAUUACAAUUUAGAAUGCCACCAAAUUUUAGGAUUACACCAAAGUCAUUACGAAAAGAUGAAUUAAACUUGAAUGAUAGUUUCGUUCCAUAUGAAGAUAUUAACCGAAAAUAUAAAAAAAAAAUAGGUUUAUCAUGGUCUCCAAUAAAAAAACCAAGACAUCUAAAAAAUAGUAUCUAUGGUUCAUCGUGGGAGCGACAAAUGCGAUUAGCAGCUGCAACUAAUAAUAUUGAAUUACUUAAUAGAUUACUUGAAAAAGGUGUAUCACCAAAUAAUCACGAUGACUCAGGACGUUCUCCACUUCAUUUAGCAUCUUGCAGAGGUUAUACGGAAAUAGUUAAACUUUUGCUUGAUUAUGGAGCUAAUCCGAAUCAAACUGAUUGCAUAGGCAAUACACCAUUGCAUUUGGCUGCAGUUACAAGCAAAAUAUCUGUGGUAACAUUAUUAUUAAAAGCUGGAACAGAUGUUUUAUCAUCAGAUCGUCAUGGAUAUAACCCUUUACAGUUAGCUCAAACAAAACUUCGAAUGUUGCAAAAUUGCCAUGGUUCAGAUAUGAAUAAAAUAAAAGAUCAAGUUCAUAAAAUUGUCGGUAUGCUUUUGGCUUAUUUACAGAAACAAAAAGAUGUCCGUCAACAAAUUGAAACACUUAGUUCUUUUUGCUCAAGAAUUACACUGUCUAAUACGACUGAUCAAGUUCAAGAUGAUUUAAAAGAUUUACUUGCUAGUAUCGAUUCAUUGAGUUUAACAAAUUAAAAAUAAAAUAUAUACACAAAUAUUUUUUUGUUUUUUCUUCUAAAAUAAUUGUACAGUAGGACCUCGUUGUUGGACUAUUAGUUUUUCUCUCUAACUAUGGCGAUACCUGGCUUAUAAAAAAGACAGCAAAUAGUCUUAUAACCAAGUCCGACUGUAUUUUUAACUUAUUAUUAUUAUUGACUUGUAAUCGAUUUUCAUAAAUCAUAUAUACAAUAAUAUUUAUGAUA